AGACUGAAAGGGCAGUUCCGUCAAAGCAAGUCGGGCUCUCUCCUUAUAUAAAUAAAGGCCCUAGAGCCUUCUCAUGGUAUAUUGUUGUAACGUAUCGUCGUUUCCUUGCGAUUGUGAAUUCGCAAUCCUCUUCCAAACCCUAGGCAUCGUUUCUCUCUAAUCAAAGAUGCAAAUCUUCGUGAAAACCCUUACCGGCAAGACAAUCACCCUCGAGGUGGAGAGCUCUGACACCAUAGACAACGUCAAGGCCAAGAUCCAGGAUAAGGAGGGAAUCCCCCCAGAUCAACAGAGACUUAUUUUUGCUGGCAAGCAACUGGAGGACGGUCGAACCCUUGCCGACUACAACAUCCAGAAAGAAUCGACCCUCCAUCUUGUUCUCCGACUUAGAGGUGGUAUGCAGAUCUUCGUCAAGACUUUGACGGGUAAAACCAUAACCCUAGAGGUCGAGAGCUCCGACACCAUAGACAACGUAAAGGCCAAGAUCCAGGACAAGGAGGGCAUCCCUCCUGACCAACAGAGGCUGAUCUUCGCUGGGAAGCAACUCGAGGAUGGUCGUACGCUUGCCGAUUACAACAUCCAGAAAGAGUCGACCCUUCACCUCGUUCUCCGUCUCAGGGGUGGUAUGCAGAUCUUCGUGAAAACUCUCACCGGCAAGACCAUUACCCUGGAGGUGGAGAGCUCGGACACCAUCGACAAUGUCAAGGCCAAGAUCCAGGACAAGGAAGGUAUCCCACCGGAUCAGCAGAGGCUGAUCUUCGCCGGAAAGCAACUCGAGGACGGUCGUACCCUUGCCGACUACAACAUCCAGAAAGAAUCGACCCUCCACCUUGUUCUCCGCCUGAGGGGUGGGAUGCAGAUAUUCGUCAAGACUCUGACCGGCAAGACCAUCACUCUGGAGGUGGAGAGCUCGGAUACUAUCGAUAACGUUAAAGCCAAGAUCCAGGACAAGGAAGGCAUCCCGCCGGAUCAGCAGAGGUUGAUCUUUGCUGGGAAGCAGCUGGAGGAUGGGAGGACCCUAGCUGAUUACAACAUUCAGAAGGAAUCCACCCUUCAUCUUGUCCUCCGCCUCCGUGGUGGUUUAUGAGUCGGCCGUAUCUGCUUCUGCGUCUGCUCUAAUCAUUUUCAGCUUUCAAUUGGUGUAAUAAUUGGGGAGAUGCAUGUAUGCUUCUUUUCACUAUGCUUUAUGUAGGAGUCUGUGUCAUAAGUCGUGGGCUCGAUAUUUGUUGAGUAGGGAUAAAUUGGUUUACACACAGAAGGCAAAGGGGUUCAUGCUCUGUUACUCGUAUGCCUUGUAUUUAUAAAGCAGCAUAGCCUGCGUAGGCCCAAUUAGUAAUGAUCA